AUUUUCAUUUACUAUUCCUUUAAUUAAGGUACCUAAAACGGAUGUUAUAUUUGGUAUUUCGCGCAUAAUAGUAUUCUUUAAAUCCAUCAACUUGGAGAAGUCUCUGUAAUCUUCAAACUGAAUUAAGAUCCAAAUAAGAAAAGCCUCCGUUCUGAUUAUGGAUUCAGCCGAAACACCAGAUUCCGGCCACCGCCCGCCACCGCCACCUGGCCGGGCUCUUCCCUUCACCACAAAACUCAAACCCCUUUAUCUAUUGUCAAUCUUGGUACUCCUUUUAGCAAUUUCAUUCAGUAUUAUCAAAACAGAUUACCGCAAAAAACUCAUCCUCAAAUUAAUCCUAUCACCACAUACCAAUUUCCUUAAAAAGCUCCUAACUUUACUUCACCCAACAACCUUAAACACCUCAAAAAACCCAAUUCACACAACCCCAUAUUGUGUCCUAUGGAUGGCACCAUUUCUUUCAGGUGGUGGGUACAGUUCAGAAGCUUGGUCUUACAUUUUAGCUUUAAAUGAACACUCCUUGAAAAAAGAUUCAAUCUUUAAGUUGAAAAUUGAACAACAUGGGGAUCUUGAAAAUCUUGAGUUUUGGGAGGGUUUACCUUUAGAAAUGAGGAAUUUAGCUAUUGAGCUUCACCAAACAGAAUGUAGGUUAAAUGAAACUGUUGUGAUUUGUCAUAGUGAACCUGGUGCUUGGUACCCUCCACUAUUUGAUACAAUUCCAUGCCCACCAAUAGGUUAUAAUGGUCAUUUUAAGUCUGUAAUUGGUAGGACUAUGUUUGAGACUGAUAGGGUUAAUGCUGAACAUGUUAAAAGGUGCAAUCUUUUGGAUUUUGUUUGGGUUCCUACUGAUUUUCAUGUGAAAACAUUUACUCAAAGUGGGGUUGAUCCAUUGAAGAUUGUUAAGAUUGUUCAGCCUGUUGAUCUUGAGUUUUUUGAUCCAUUAAAGUAUGAGCCACUAGAACUCGGGUCAAUAGGGAAUUUAGUGAUGGGGUCAAAUUCAAAUGGAUUAAAUGUGGGGAAAAAAUUUGUUUUCUUGAGUAUUUUCAAGUGGGAAUAUAGAAAAGGAUGGGAUGUUUUGUUGAGCUCUUACUUGAGGGAGUUUUCUGGAGGUGACGAUGUAGCUUUGUAUCUGUUAACGAAUCCGUAUCAUUCUGAUAGAGAUUUUGGUAACAAGAUUGUUGAAUAUGUGGAGGAUUCGGAUUUGGAAGAACCGAGAGAUGGUUGGGCUCGAGUAUAUGUGAUCGAUGAACACAUAGCUCAGGUUGAUAUGCCUAGGCUAUAUAAGGCUGCUAAUGCAUUUGUUUUGCCGUCUAGAGGUGAAGGUUGGGGUAGACCUAUUGUGGAGGCAAUGGCAAUGGAAUUGCCGGUGAUUGCUACAAAUUGGUCAGGGCCAACUGAAUUCAUGACAGAAGAGAAUAGUUAUCCGUUACCUGUGGAUAGAAUGAGUGAAGUUACUGAAGGACCAUUUAAAGGGCACUUAUGGGCUGAACCUUGUGUUGAUAAGCUGCAAAUGCUAAUGAGGCAUGUAAUUAGAAAUCAUGAGGAAGUUAAGGCCAAAGGUAGACAGGCAAGAGAUGAUAUGAUGAGUAGGUUUUCUCCUGAGGUUGUUGCAGGCAUUGUUAGUGACCAUAUUGAACGCAUUAUUGAUCGUACACAAUGAUCGUUAUAUUCGCUUUUGGAUCGACAAGAGGAGAUUAUACAUUUUACUGCAAUAAUAACGGCAUUUCUAAUCACCGUUAAUUCAAGGAUUUAUGGUUCUGGUGGAUUUAGUGUAUGUAUUCUAUGUGUGAAUUGAAGAACAAUUCUCCUUAAUGGAUGGAGAUGUGACAAAGAUCUGGAAGCUGAUGAACCCGAUUUUUGGAGUGAAAAGAGGUUCUGAAAGGGGAAAAUGCAUCGGAAGGUAUACUGAAAAUCAAUUAACUGGAUGGCCUUAUGGACACUCUUAGAUGAUCUUAAAUGGAGUUGCUGUUAGAUAAGUAUAUAUUGCUUCUUUGAAACCAGAAUUGUGUUGGUAAUCCAGUUAUGUUCUUUCUGAUGAAUAUCAACAACAAAUGUCUAUUUUAAAGCUUAGAGCUAUAUUGACAUUGUUAUGCUGUGGGUUGUUGGUUUGAAGUAGUACGAGAGGAAAGACAUGUUACCGACUAAUUUCUGUAAGUUGUCGAAAUGGAAGGAGAUAACAAAAGCUACAGUGUUAAGGGGGAACUUAAUCACAUUCAACACUGAUGGACUGGGAGUAUCAACAACGGAAAGAGGUAAGCAAAGAAACCUCAACAUUGUACAAAUUAUAGCUUAACUUUGGUUCAAAGCCAGUCCCAACUGAAAGAGCAGUUCAGCUAAAUGAGACUAAAGCUUGAUGCUUCUUCCAGUUUGCUUCAUAUGCUACAUCAUCAACUUGUUCAUUUAGUUUAUGUGUCUUUAUAAGGAGUUUACUGAUAAUAAGAAAGUCUUUACAAUGAGUUUGAGUAGAUAAUGAGCAGCCAAUCUCGAGCUAGUUUGAGCUGGCGAUACAAAAUUACUUCUUAUUUUCAAGCCAUGCAUUGCUCUGAUUCAAUGAGCUGCUGUUCCUUUUGCUUCA